UCCAGUGUAAUUUUGAUACUGAGAAUUUUCAGUCUAGUCAAACUUUUAUACUGCGGGACGAAGCUGGACGAACAUGAUCGACGGAAGGUCCAGCACAAUCGAAUUAAGUCCGCGGUCCUGGCCAAUUCCUUUCAAAUUUCGUUUAAUGCCACCCGGAAUUGCCAUGCGGAACGGCAAUGGCGGUUCCCUCUGAACGACCCUGUACGAACAUGCUCGAUGGACGGUCCGCACCAGCAAGUUCUCGCGAGACGACGCCGGACAAACAUGCUCGCCGGAAGGUCGCCAACCUGCAAGUUCGCGCGGAACGAAGCUGGACGAACAUGCUCGACGGAAGGUCGGCACCUGCAAGUUCCCGCGAAACGACGCUGGAUGAACUUCCUUGCCGGAAGGUCGCCAACCUGCAAGUUCCCGCGAAACGACGCUGGAUGAACAUCCUUGCCGGAAGGUCGCCAACCUGCAAGUUCCCGCGGGACGUUCCUGGACGAACAUGCUCGACGGACGGUCCGCACCAGCAAGUUCCCGCGGAACGACGCUGGACGAACAUGCUCGCCGGAAGGUCCAGCACAAUCGAAUUAAGUCCGCGGUCCUGGCCAAUUCCUUUCAAAUUUCGUUUAAUGCCACCCGGAAUUGCCAUGCGGACGCUGGACGAACAUGCUCGGCGGAAGGUCGGCACCCUCGGAACAACGCUGCACAGAACAGGGACACCGGAAGAUUACCAAUCUGCAAGUUCCUCGGACCAACCGGAGCCGAUCCUUACGCGCCUGGAGCGAGUAAUUCAUGUUUAUACCAUAAACCAAUAAAAUUAUUACUUAAGAUUUUAUGAAAAUAAACUUGCGAAACUCAAAAACGACUGUUUUAAUAACAACAAACCGAAUGACAGAUGACAGAGG